AUGAAGCUCACGUACAUCAUCUUCGUUGUGGGUCUCAUCGCUCUCGGUGCGACUGAGAUUCUGCUCAAUCUUACCAAUGUCGGCGUCGAAUCUCUCGGAUACCAGAACCUCAUCUUAGGCGCAAGAGGGUCUGACCCAGGCAGCGACCCCGACGAUGACGACGACAACCUCAACCCUGCUGACGAUGAGCUUUGGUACCAAUGUAAAUGUCGAGGAGCAAAACUGCUUUUUGCAAUGACCCAAAAUCCACCCGAAGCCGCUCGGUUCCUGAGUCCCUUGGCAUCUCUCUGGGAUGGCGAGAUGAGGGAAGAGCUUGCAGAAUGGGGUUACAAAGAUAACUUCAAAGACCCAGAUCUCUUCGACUUUAGCGGGAUCGCCCCAUACCUCGCUACGCUGGGGAUUCCAAUAACUAACUCGCUCCAUGGCGGGCCAAACCAUUGUGUCUCAUACAGUCAUUGCAAUAGCGACAUCGUGAGGGAUGAGAAUGGAGAUCUCCCACCUCUCAACGAGCAGUACUACACUAAAGAUGGUCGGAAGUACAGGGUCACGGCCGCUCAUGGCACCAUGGUAAUCAACCCGAGCUAUGGCUACAUAUUGUUCCUCAAUCGGGGCUCCCCUCAAGCUGAGGCCCGCGAAACAUGGGGCAUACGUGAUGAUGAUCCGGUUCCGCUUGAUGAGUUGCCCGCUCUACGUGCGAGUUCAGAUAUAGCAUGGGCCUAUUGGAAUCGAAUUCAAGAUGGCGACAAACUGAACAAAAUCAAAUUCUUUGCAUCCAUGUCCAUCAUCAACAGCGAAACCGAGCAGGUUAUCGACAGGAUACUGAAGAACAAAGGGCUAGAUGAAGUGCCGCCGAAUCCUCCUGGGUUUCUUGUCACGCCAGAAUCCGAGGACUAUUUGGCCUUGAUGGGUAGUCCAAACGCUAUAGGGGUAGGAUAUUUUCUUGCUCAACACAAGGCACAGUUGGGAAGCAACUAUUAUGUUCAGGGGAUCCGCAUUUACCGCAAGACCGGAUCGUCGCUAUCGAACAUGAUCUUCGCUGUUGGCCUGGCGCCUUCUCCACCGCCAACUGCACCACCCGAUCCGAUGGAUGUUUUAGUACCGCCCCCGGGUUUUGGUAUGGAAGCCCUCACGAACACGGAUGGAGGUAGAAUCCGCAACAUGCAAACCGUACUACUUCUACGUCUCGCCACACUCCUCAGUCUGGUCGUGGGCGAGGCUCCGCCGCCCCCUCCGAACGAAACUCCACUUGACACAUGGAGUCUCGCCGUUGAAAAUAGUGGUAGCAUAGUCAAGAGAGCGCCUCCUGGCCCAGCUGAUGACUUCCUAUGGCAGACUUGCGGCUGUCGCGGCCAGAAGCUCCAGCUAAUGAAUACGCUCGAUCCAGUAAACGCUGCUAGGUUUGGUACUCCGUUGAACAGUCCAUGGACUGGCACCCUCGAAAACGAACUUACGACCUGGGGUUAUAAAGACAACAGUAUGAAUGAGGACAUCCAGGACCAGUGCGACUUCACCAUGAAACCUAUAUUCGAAGCUGUCCUCCAGACCCUAGGAAUCGGCGCAGGAAGUGCACAGUAUGGCGGACCGAACAAGUGUUUCUCCUAUGUCCACCGAGAUGGCCCCACCGUUCACCGAUUGCCAAACGGCCAGAUGCCACCCAGAAACCAACAACGUUAUACUGUUGACGGAGUAAGCUACAAGGUCACAAACGCUUAUUACACCAUAGGCAUCAACGCGCGGGAUGGCGUCAUCCAUAUGAUCAACCGCAAGUCUCCAGAAUCAGCGGCCAAAAAUCAGUGGGGAGUUGAUAAUGUUCCAAAGAACGAGCUACCAGCGCUGAGGUCGAGUUCAGAUAUUGCCUGGGGCAUGUGGGAGAGAAUGAGCCCUGGCAAGUUGGGUAAUAUCAACUACAUCUUCUCCCACCAGAUUGUCAACAAAGAAACUCGGCAGAUCAUUUUGAGGGCCUUGGACGGUCAACCACUCAGAACCUGGCCAGGAACUGAGUUCGUAGCUGGAGAAGCCUCUGAGUACUGGGCUUUAUUAGGGUCUCCGAACGGAAUAGCAAUAGGAUACCUUCUUGGGCAGCACAAGCCUCAGUUUGGUCACAACAGAUAUGUUUCCAGUAUACACGUCUUUCAAGGCUCACCAGCGAACCCAGUCUGGAUGACGGGCAUCUUGCCGUGGUUGUGUUUCGUUGUUAAACCGGCACCGUGGCCAGCACCGCAACCCCCCGAUGAGAUAAUGGGCGGAGGAACUGAUUUGGCGCUCGGUAAGCGUGAUCUUGUGGAUGAAGGGCGAGUGUUAGAGCGAUCCGAAGAUGGAAAGAAUAUUGUGAGGAGUCAUAAGGUCUGGGUAAAGUUGUAA